UCUCAUCUCUCUCUCUAGUUCAAUUCCAUUUCUUUUCACCGUCUCUCUCUCUCUCUCUCUCUCUCUCUCUCUUUCUCAUUUUAGUCUCUACGCGUUUCAGCGUUAAGUCUUUUUCUAGAUCUCUUCUACCUUCAAACAAAACUCUCUGAUCAGUCAAUAAAAACCCAUCGAAACAGCGUCGUUUUCUUUUACCCAACAGAGAGAGAGAGAACACACAAAAAAAAAAUGGCGCAGCAACAACAAUCGUUGAUCUACAGUUUCGUGGCUCGAGGGACGGUGAUCCUCGUGGAGUUCACCGAUUUCAAAGGCAACUUCACAUCCAUCGCUGCACAGUGCCUCCAGAAGCUUCCUUCCUCCAACAACAAGUUCACCUACAACUGCGAUGGUCACACCUUCAAUUACUUGGUUGAAAAUGGAUUCACUUAUUGUGUUGUUGCAGUUGAUUCUGCUGGGAGGCAGAUUCCUAUGGCUUUCUUGGAGCGAGUUAAGGAGGAUUUCAACAAGAGAUACGGUGGUGGAAAGGCUGCUACUGCUCAAGCUAACAGCUUGAAUAAGGAGUUUGGGUCGAAACUGAAAGAGCACAUGCAGUAUUGUAUGGAUCAUCCUGAUGAGAUUAGCAAGCUUGCUAAGGUGAAAGCUCAAGUGUCUGAAGUUAAAGGUGUCAUGAUGGAAAACAUUGAGAAGGUUCUUGACCGUGGUGAGAAAAUUGAACUUUUGGUGGACAAAACUGAAAACCUUCGCUCACAGGCGCAAGACUUCAGAACACAAGGAACACAAAUGAGAAGAAAGAUGUGGUUUCAGAACAUGAAGAUAAAGCUCAUUGUUCUUGCAAUCAUCAUCGCCUUGAUCCUCAUCAUCGUCCUCUCAGUCUGCGGUGGCUUCAACUGUGGCAAAUAAGUCUGGGAACAUUUCUGAUUCCCGAGAACAUCCUCAUUCAGUUUGUUGUGCUUUUUUUUUUUGUGGUUUAAAAAUUUCUCAUGCUAUGUUUCUUCUCUGCUUAGAUUUGUACUUGUUGAAAUUGGUUUUGUAUAGGUCAUAUAUAUAAUGUAUGAAACUGAUUCUUGCGAACCAUUCACUUGGACCUGAUUUGAACGCUUGUGUUUGCUUUCGUGUGACUUCUGUGAAU